CCGAUAGCACUUGCCCUCAUUAUCCUCGGUGCUCUGUUACAAUGGAAUCAACAAAUGCUUGUCGAUCGAAUAGUCCCGUCCAUAGUGGGGGAUAUUGAUAACGAAAAUCUGCGUGAAGCUGCUGAUGAGGUGGUUUCGGAACUGCUCAGAUUUUUCGGAAACUACGGCCUAUUCGUGUUCUUAUGCGGUCUAUUUCUGUUCUUCCUGGCAUUCUGUGGAGUCUUUGGUGUGUGUUGCAAAAACAAGGUUCUCCUCGGCAUUUUCAAAAAUGAAGUACAAGAAGUGGUUCGAAAGUUCAUUGUGCACUCAUACGUAAUGGACAACGAUAAUCCACCCAAUGCUGGGUUGACCGUGUUUAUCAACCGAAUGCAACAGAAGGUGAGUGGAGGUUUUCAUUCCUUGCCACAUGUGGUUCCUUUUGGGCAGCGUAGGAACGGGCCUCAGAGACGAACAUCACCCUGGACAAUAAUGUAA